AUGUCUGCUCCCCAGGAGGAUAAGAUUGGUGUUCCACACAGGAAGCGUUCGUUCCUCGCCAUGAGAGAUUUCAUGGUUCGCAGAAGGUCCGGCGCUUCCACCAGCAACGAAUCCAAUGAACGGACAUCUUCCAAGUUUACUCAAUCCACAGCGCUUUCUCCGGUGGACGAAGUCAAAAUUCCUUCCCUUUACGACUUGACCUACGCUCAUGUCGCCGAUGUCCUCUCUCACCCCAAAGCGAAGAAGGUUCACGACCGACCGGAGACCUUCGGUCAUGUUCAAAUCGAAUUGACUGAGACUUUGCUCACGCCUGUGUUUCACGAAAGCAUUCGCGUCACCAAGUUCAUUGCGGCUGGUGGUACGGCGUUUGUUUUGGCCGGAAAGAAGUUGAACAACCCACUUUGGGCAACCCGAGCUCACAUCCCCACUCAUAAGUUUGCUAUCAAGCUUACGACACGCAAAAAUAAAAGCGUAGCAGAAGCGACGAAAGCUGAGAUCAAGAUUCUCCAGCGCAUCAAGGAUAUGAACCUCGACUCCACCCACCUCAACUUCAUGUUCGAAGCGUACUCGUUGCACCAUUAUCUCAUCAUUCUCAUGCCGCUCAUGAAGAUCGACCUCUUCCACUUGUUACUCCCUAAGAGAUCACCUCUGGUGAUUGACGGACAGCAAGCCUACGUCACGGAGCAGUCAUUGCGCUCUAUUUUUACUGGCAUUGUUCGCGGACUUCAUGUCUUGCACGAGAACGGGAUUGCCCAUGGUGAUUUGAAGGUGGAGAACAUCCUGAUCGAUAUCAGCAGAAACGACCAGCCGUCAAGUUCGAGUUCUGAGCCAUGGAUUUGUCACCCGCACAUCAGUGAUUUUGGACACGCCAAAUACGCCGAUCCCUUUGAGCAUCCGAAUGGGCCUGAGUACUGGUUUUACGGCACGUACGACUCGACGCCACCUGAGUUUUGGUCGGCCUUCCGCAAGGACCCUGGAUCCAAGGCUCCCGCUUUGCUCGUCCGCACCAACGUUUUCCACUCGCUAUUUCCUGCAGACAUGUGGGCUUUGGGCUGCAUCCUUCAAGGAAUGUACUCUGGUCUUAGGAAGGCGUAUUGGGCAGAUGCUGGAUACCGACACAAGGUUUACCCUACGUGUAUAGGCCUCGGCCAUUGGGAUGACUGGCCUGAGAUCUAUGACCCUCGCCGCGACAGUAUCACCGAGAAAAGCCAGGAGUUGGUUGAGUGCCUGCGAAGCCUGCUGAGAACAUCAUCGACCAACCGACCAACGACGAGGGAUGUGUUGGGGAUGGACUUUCUGCAGUGGUGA